GAAUUUGCCAAACUCAAACGAAUACGUUUUCUCUUUCUCUUCAAUUUCACCCUUAUUAGCAUAGCAUAUUCAUUUCCCUUUCUUGAAUCGUUGUAAGCGCAUUGCGAUUUUGCCCUUAUCUUUAUUUCAAUUUUUUGUUCUGUUUUUGUUAUUCAUUUGGGUUAAUUUCGAUUCGAAGCUUAACUGCGAGAGGGGAUAUCAGAGAAGUUGAUUGGCCUCCCAUUAAUAAUCUGAAUGAUCUGAUGGAGUCUAAAGGUGGGAAGAAGAAGUCGUCUAGUAGUAAGUCCUUUUUGUACGAAGCUCCUCUCGAUUACAUCAUUGAAGACGUUCGACCACACGGUGGAAUCAAGAAGUUCAGAUCUGCUGCUUACUCCAACUGCAUCCGCAAGCCAUCCUGAGAUUCCCUAGGUCGUGUGAGGACGUAGCCCCCUUAGUCCUGCAUCUGCUAUAUUUUUCUAGUCUCUUCUCUUCUCCUUUUUCUUGUUUUCUUCCUUGCCCUUUUGUUCUCUCUACCUACACAGCAAGACUUUGUUUCUUUUUGAGUCAAGAUGGCUGGCUCAGCUAUUGGUUUCGAAGGCUAUGAAAAAAGACUUGAGAUAUCAUUUUUUGAACAUGGUGUGUUUGCUGACCCUGAAGGAAUAGGCCUCCGAGCAUUGUCCAAAGACCAAUUGGACGAGAUUCUUAAACCAGCAGAGUGCAGUAUUGUUGCAUCACUUUCAAACGAUUAUGUUGACUCUUAUGUUCUGUCAGAGUCAAGCCUGUUCAUCUAUCCUUAUAAAAUUAUCAUCAAAACUUGUGGGACUACCAAAUUGCUUCUGUCCAUCCCUGUCAUCCUCAAGUUGGCUGAUGCUCUUGACAUUGCUGUGAAAUCUGUGAGGUACACUCGUGGAAGUUUCAUUUUUCCUGGGGCACAGUCUUUUCCUCACCGCAGUUUUUCAGAGGAGGUUUCUGUUCUUGACAGCUAUUUCAGCAACCUUGGUUCUGGUAGCAAAGCUUAUGUUAUGGGUGACCCUUCGAAGUCACAGAUUUGGCACAUCUACUCUGCAAGUGCACAGACCAAAGGGUCAUCUGAAGUUGUCUAUGGCCUUGAGAUGUGCAUGACCGGUUUAGAAAAGGAAAGCGCUUCUGUGUUUUUCAAGGAGAAUACAUCUUCAGCAGCUUUGAUGACCGAAAAUUCUGGAAUUAGGAAGAUCCUUCCACAGUCUGAUAUAUCUGAUUUUGAAUUUGACCCUUGCGGAUAUUCAAUGAAUGGAAUAGAAGGGGGUGCAAUAUCCACCAUCCAUGUCACUCCUGAAGAUGGUUUCAGUUACGCAAGUUUCGAAGCUGUUGGUUAUGACUUUGAUGAGAUGGCUCUAGGUGAACUUGUGGAAAGAGUUUUAGCAUGCUUUCGUCCAGCAGAGUUUUCUGUUGCUUUGCACAUUGACAUGCAUGGCGAAAAACUUAACAAAUUUCCCUUGGACAUCAAAGGAUACUACUGUGGUGAGAGGAGCUAUGAAGAGCUUGGAGUAGGUGGUGCAGUUGUGUACCAAUCAUUUGUUCAAGGCUGUGAUGGCAGUACAUCUCCCAGGUCUAUUCUGAAAUGCUGCUGGAGUGAGGAUGAGAACGAAGAUGAAGUGAGGGAGAUAUAAGUACUUCUGGUUUUUAUGUUCUGUUAUUUAUCUUUACUGUUGAGUGUGUUAUUACCUAAUAAAUAAAUUUGGGGGUUAUGAUGUGAGAGUGAAGCAAUGAACUUAUUGUGUAGCUUCACUUAAUUUGUGUGAUUAUGCAGAUGUUUUUUUCGUUUCUACUGCCAACUCAUAUGGGAGACUCUUAUAUGAGGCUGUUGCACUUGUAUUUUAUUUUAUAUAAAUAAAUAUAAAUAUAAUUAUAUUAUAAUGUAAA